UGGCCGACAAAUAUCCGCCUCCAAAUGACGGUGAGCGGUUGCAGUUCGUCCGCCGUCGCCGGUGUGAAAUGGUCCUUUAUCCGUUCGCUUCCUUAUCUUCCGACGAGAGCCCCACCUCCCUUCCUCCUCCUUCCUCGAUCCACUAGCGCCCUUGUCCGCCGCCGCUUCCUCUUCGCAGUCGUUGCCCGGGACUCCAAUCCCCACAACAAGCAGCAGCAGAAGCAAGAGAUCAACGUCUCCAUCCUACGUUUCACGCUUGGGAUUCCGGGCCUUGACGAGUCCUACCUUCCGAGAUACCUCAGGAUUGCACUUGGCACUCUAAUCGUGAUCAACCACGUUUUCUCCGCUGCCACCGCCACUCCUUCUCAGCUGAGAACUGAGGCUCUAGGGAUUUUCUUGGCUACUUUCUCGAUCGUCCUCCCUUAUCUCGGGAGGUUUCUUGAGGGUGCAAUAGCGGAUCAUACCUCACUGCCAAAAGGAAAUAGGCAAAUAUUUCUCAUGUCCAAUAACAUCUCAGAUGAUCUCAAGGAAGAUAUGGCAUGGGCCUCUUAUGCUCUUUUACGCAACAUGAAUAGCAUAUCAGUGAUUAUAGCAGUUAAUGAUGUGCUAUGUAUACGUGGAUAUUGGAACAUGCCUGAAGAUGAAGACGAUUCUGAGAGAUCAUCUAUUGCAAUGGUUUGGCAAUGGGAUUCAGCAAAGUGGCUUUUUUGACCUGAAAGAAACACUAUAUUUUCCUGAAAGCCUAGGUAUGAUAAAUUUUUCUUCUUGGAAAGGAUAAAUACCUAUGUUCCUUUCAACCUUUAUCAUCUAGUCUAAAUGAGUUAGGAUGGAUUGCUUCAAGAAGAAUACCCUGUUCAUAAUUCGCCCAAUUGAUGAACCGCUGCCUAAGAUAAUAAAGCUUCAAUUGAUGAAUAAAAUAUUAGCUAAAUUCUUGGAAUCCAUGCAGUUUUUAAGAAGAUUCCAUUAUGUGUUAGAAUGAAACAAACAAAAGAGUGCCAUUUGUACAUGUAAAUGCGAUGACAAUACAUCGUGAGUCCUAAACCAUUUGUGGUAGGCAAUAUGUGCAUGUAAACUUACAAUUCCUUAGUUU